UCUUACGUAGUCACGUGGCAAGUGUGCGUAAAGAGGGAGAGAAGCGCGAGGGGGAAAUUUUAGUUUAGAGAAAAACAGCUGACUUGAAGCCUAGAAAAAAGCUUAGAAUAGAGAAGCUGUCUCGUGUAUACAACAACUCAACCUGACUAAAUUAUAAUAAUCAAUCGGAGGAAACACCAAAACAAACGAGUUAUGACAAAAAAUUUAUGUGUUAUUUUAUAUUCAAAACACAUUAAAAAUCUUGUAAUGUAUGUGGGCCGAUAGAAUUUUUCGUCAUACUUUUCUCAUUUAUAUGCACUCAUGUAUAUCUAAUAUAUCGGCAAGAGAGAAGAGAGAAUUAAAUUGAGAAGGGUUAACCUUAAUCAGAACAACAAACAAGUUUGGUUAAGAGAGCAAAUAUAAAUUAGAUUACUAUAACCUACAAUUAUAAGAUGAAUAUGACGCCUCCCGUUAAACCACCGCGGGGGAUUAAACCGACGAAAGAAACGAGUGGUUUGCUGAUCUCGGUGAUCCGAGCCUUAUCGGCCAGCGAAACGAACGAGCAACGCGAGAUCGAGAAGGCUAAGUUGGAAAAGGAGUACAAACGAAGUGAUCAACGCCUGGAAGAAUUGGUUUCGUCGCACGAUCAGGAUCUCAUGGAAGUCAUGCGAAUAUUCAGUGCGCUGUCUGAGAAGGUUACAUCGUCGCGAGAAAAGAUCCAUGCAGUGAAGGAGAAUCUGAACGCCUGCAAACAAUUGCUGAGAUGCAAACGAGAGGAGCUAUUGAAUUUGUGGCUGGAAGGGAUAGAACAUAAGCAAGUCUUGCAUCUUCUAAAGGAUGUGUCGUCGGAUUCGUGUGGACGUAUAAUAACAGGUUUAGCAGAACCGGAGUUGCUGCCGUUGUCCAAUACAGCGCACGAUACCUCAACAGAUCAAUAGCUAUAUAUCUCAUUCUGUACAUAACACGUUUAUUAUAGAUAAAAAUUAAGCAAAAAAUCAAUUAUAUAGGUAAUAAUUAAGAAAUUGUGAAUUUCCAGCUUCACGUAACAUUAAAUCAAUGUAGAAUUAUAAUUCAGUUUUUAAGUGCAAUGUACAAUAUGUUUCUAUGUUACGUAAGUUCAAAUAAAACAAAUUUCUGUCUA